CUUUCGCAAUCGCAAAUAGCUUCCGUCUUCGGCAGUAUCAAACAAAGAGCAUGUCAAUGGCUUCGUCUCUGUUCAAAGCCCUAAUCGGAUCGUCUAAUCGUCCAUUAAAGGCUAGAAAUCUGAGUUCAGUCAGCGCUGUCAUCAGCAACCAUACCGCUAAAUGGAUGCAGGAUGUUAGCAAGAAAUCACCAAUGGAGUUGAUCAAUGAAGUUCCACCAAUUAAGGUGGAAGGCAGGAUUGUAGCAUGUGAAGGAGAUACCAACCCGGCACUUGGGCACCCAAUCGAGUUCAUAUGCCUUGACCUAAAGGAGCCGGCUGUUUGCAAAUAUUGUGGUCUACGCUAUGUUCAAGAUCACCAUCACUAGGACAUACACAAUUGCUAGUGUGAGCCAUUGUGAUGCCUACUGGAUACAUGUCCUAAUCUGAAUUUCUGAGACGGUAAUCGUCUGCUGUCAAAUGCUGGGGAAGAUAAAUGUUAACUGAGCAAUCAACCGUAUUUGUGAUUUUCACUUGUUUCAAGUAAUUGGCAAAAUAAGGACUUUAUGUGCUUGAUUACCGUCUGCAGCACACAGUUCUAUGAAUUUCUACUUAUUAAUCAACUUUUUCUACUCUAA